AUGACUCUCGGACUCCAGUGGAAAACAGCAGUGCUCAGCUGCUGCUGUUUCGCGAUAUUCUGCUCGGCUAACGAUCAGGUGCAAUUUACCACCGUGGCGUCUCUGCAGGAGAGUCAACUCGUCGCAUCGAAGGAAAACAAAAAUCCUGACGGCGGCUGGACCUGGAGUCAACCGGAUACGGCGUCAUCACUCAUCUCCGAAACGCAAACUCCUCCGCCAAACUUCCUCUCGAGUAAUUAUUUGUCAGGACAGAACUUCAAUCGAAACGGGGGCGUCGCACUGAGGUCGGAAUAUUUUCCGUACCCGUACGAAGUCGGUCCUCCAGUAGACGAUGCGCAUCCUGUGUUCGCAAGCCAAAACACUGACAACACUCUAGCGUCGAUUAAAAAGCAUUUUGCCAUUGUCAGUUUCAUUGGGCUUCUUCUACUCUUCGCAAUAGUCCAGAACAGCAUAUCUGCAUCGAGGCAAAAAGAGGUCUUAUCGUUGCGCGAGAAACGUGACGUCGCCGCAAUCCAUGGAUCGGAUCCCAUGCUCCCCGAGAUCGAAGACGUCUUGAGUGAGGAUACCAAGGUACGUUGCAUGCAGCGUACUCUGUGUCUUGAGAGUAAAAAACUUGGUCAGCAUUUGGGAAGAACUGGAAAGCUUCUGGCCAGUUACUUGACACGAACUGUCGAAAAUUCUUUGGAGGAUUCUUCCGGCUGGUACAGACUCCUUCAGGAUGCUAGCCAGGCGGGUCUUCGGGGGGAAGAUUGUAGAAUUCUCUACAGGGAUUGCAGCCCCGCUGAGGAAUCGAGACCAAAGCUUGAUUAGAUUGUUGAAAAAUAAUUGAAAUUUCGAUUUCCACAUUCAUUAUCAUACGUGACUU